CAACAUAUCUUGGACCACCAUCUAAAAUACGCCAACCUGAAUUUCUUAAAACUUUAGAACAUCCUAAAGGAUUAGAACUUGAUAUCUCCUACUAUGAUCAUGGCUUUGCAAUCGAAAUACAAGGUGUACAAUAUGAAAAAUAUCAUGAAUUCUUUCAUGAAGGAGAUCCCAAUAAUUUUAUUAAGCAGCAAGAGCGGGAUCAGCUUAAGAAAAAAUUAUGUGGAGAAAAUGGUAUAUAUCUCUUUUAUAUAUACCAUAAUGAUAAAGAUCCUGAGAAGAUUAUUCAACAAGAACUAUAUGCAUUAGGACUUAUUAACUAA